GUUGUAUUACUGUUCUAAUACUAAAGUUUAUAUGAAUUCCAACAGAGAGGCAGAAACCCAGGGUCACCUUUCAAUAAACAUCAACCUCAUUCUAUUGAAAACUUAAUUUUGCAUCCUCUUCAUAUUUCAAAUGCGUUUCUGUAUCCACUCAAACAAUCAUAAAUUUACCUCUUUCUUCCCCAAUGGCUAACGACAACGUGAUGAGUGAGGAUCAUUCUCAUGUUCCGAGGAUGCCAUUCACAGACCAAAACACUCACACAUCUGAAGAAAACGACGAAUCCGAAUGGGAAUAUGAAUACUCUAAUACGGAAACAGAGACUUUUUACGUAACACUGGAUCUCUCCAAGGUGGAUUUCACUGGCCGUGAUGUUCGUACUACUAGUCAACAUGGCCACAAAGGCAACGAGAAGUCUGAGCGGGCCAAGUUAUAUUUGAAUCGACGCAUGAGUCCUGAGAAUAGUGAUGAGGAUGAGAGUAUGAUUCAGAAUAAUCAGCCUUCCCCGCCAAAGGACACUGCAGAAGAGGCCGAUUUCAACGAUCACCAAGUCCAGAUUUUAGAGCUUCACUCAGAAAAUCCCAUCAUAUCGUAUAAAGGUCGUGUCUACUCAGGCCGCUGGAGCCAGAAUGUCGGCACCGAAUUACUCAUGACACGUCACGACGAUUACAAUCCGCUUCCGGCUCUUCAACAUCUGGAUAAUGACGUGGACCUGCUUGCAGCGAGUUGCUCGCGUAUCACCGUGGAGGAGAUGGAAAUCAAGCCCAAGGAAGGAGUUGCCAACCAAUGGCGACAGCGCGAUGCCAACGAUAGUAGCAAAAGCAAUGCCCCAGUAUCGGUCGUCCCCGUUCCCGAGAGAUGGGCUACAAAGGAACGAAUCGACCAAGGCAACUUUCUUGCAAACUUGAUCGCACUCAAGAAACGCAAGGGCGAGACGGACGAGGUCACGGUUAUCGCCAAGGGAAUGGACCCGAGAAACGACCACAACCGAAACAGAAAACUGAAGCAAAAGGAGAAACAGAACUUGAGGCGAGGUCACCGUGGAAAGUACAAUCUACCGCACUACAGAGCUUACCGAAGAGGUGGGGGUUCCGAACUUCUAAAGACUUUAUCCAUCAGAGAACCCUUGGUUGGGCUGUCACCCACGGCGAGUUUUGAAGAUAAUGUGUCCACGCCUACUCCAAAUCGGUGGGACGAUCUCGAGGGAGAGGACGUCAGCAUGGUGGAUGAUUUUGAUAUGGGGGAUGAUGACGAUCAAGGAUUGGGGGAAAUUGGGUACUCAGGGUCUGGGGGAGACGGGGGUUCGGUUGAAGAGAUGGACGUGGAUGAUGCUUAGGGUCAUCCUCUUGUUCAUUUAAUCCUGUCUUAAGAGCAUGCGCCUAGAAGCCAAACCCAAAAGAUCCAGCAGUGUGGAUAGCUACCUAGAGGUACUUCCAUAGUUACGGUCUAGAUAUCACUAUGGUGUAUCAACGAGUUCAUUGAUCAUGUCUUUCCAUGACAAUGCAUGAAUUUGACUCCUAUCCUUCUACUGCACAUGCUCGAUUAACGAGCAACCCUAGAACAGAUCGUCGAUACUCUUAUCCGCAUCUUUCUUAAUCAAAUCUACCAUGCCCUACAUACGU